AUGCGCUACACGACGAGAGGACUGGUUGGGCUGGGGGCGUGCUGCCUGAUCGUGGCCGUGGCGCUGGCCUUCGUGGUCGGCCCGUGUGCGGCCCAGGGCCUGCUGGGCCACAUUCGGCCCGCCGAGCACAAGCACACCACCAACGACAAAGAACACAAGCUGCUGAUGGCGGCGAAGGAGGAGGAGGAGGUCGAUGACCACCAUCACCACCAUCACCACCAUCAUCACCCGCGCCAGCCUGCUCCCAAUCCUCGCGACGUGGAGCUCGAAGAGCAGCGGGCCUUCACCGAGUGGAUGCGCACGCACCGCAAGUCCUAUCACCACGACCACUUCCUCCCGCGCUUCGAGAUCUGGAAGACCAACAAUCGAUGGAUCACUCACUGGAACAAGAAGCACGCCAAUGCGUCGUCCUUCACAGUCGCCAUCAACCAAUUCGGCGACCUCACCUCCGACGAGUUCAACAGGUUGUACAAUGGGCUGCAUGUCUUCAGUGCGCCGAAGGCGAGCGAGAAGGUGGAGCGACCAAGGCAGUGGGCCAACACGGCGGGCAUCCCCGAGUCGGGCGACUGGCGCCAGAAGGGCGUGGUUUCCCGGGUCAAGGACCAGGGCAUGUGCGGCUCGUGCUGGGCCUUCUCGACGACCGGCUCGACCGAGGGCAUCAACGCCAUCACCACCAGCCGGCUCGUGCCACUCUCCGAGCAGAACUUGGUUGAUUGUGCGACGGCGGCGUACGACAACUACGGCUGCAAUGGCGGGUUCAUGGACAACGCGUUCCGCUACAUCAUCGACAACAAGGGCAUCGACUCCGAGGCCAGCUACCCCUACGUGGCCGCCGACGGCCAGUGCCGAUUCAACCCCAAGACCGUGUACGGCGGCAAGGGAGGAACGCUGAAGAGCUUGCCCAAGGGCGACGAGAAGGCGCUGUUGGUCGCAGCCGCCCGCCAGCCGAUCAGCGUGGGCAUCGACGCUGGGCGCCCCAGCUUCCAGUUCUACUCCAAGGGCGUAUACAACGAGCCUGAGUGCUCGUCGACGGAGCUGAACCACGGGGUGCUGAUCGUGGGCUGGGGAGUGGAGCGGGGCCAGGCCUACUGGCUGGUGAAGAACUCCUGGGGACAGACGUGGGGCAUGGACGGGUACAUAAAGAUGAGCAGGGACAAGAACAACCAAUGCGGCAUUGCCACCUUGGCCUCCUACCCCUCCAUGUAG